AUGAGGAUUGUUUUUCUUGGGAGAUCUCUUGAAGGUGAAAACAAACUUUCUGAUUACAACCUAACCGAAUGUAGCAAACUCCAUCUUGUUUUGAGACUCAGAGGUGGUGGUAUCAGUCAAUUUGCAAUCGAUAACAAUUUAUUAUCACCUGGUUAUGAUUAUGACUUUCGUAAUAUCAAUGACACCAAAGCCGGUCGAACUUAUAAAAGAGGUGGAAUGGUGUACAAACGUCCAUGUGGAUAUAUGCGAUAUGCACUGAAUGUAAUUGGAAAGUUUGAUAAUGGUAAUGACACCUGGCUUGGUUCAUCAAAUUCCCCAGGUGAAUGGGCAGUCUCUUAUCAUGGCACCGACCCCAAAUUUGCAGAUCCAAUCAGUAAAAAUGGAUUUAAAGUCGGUACAAGAAAUCUCUAUGGUAGGGGUGUCUAUUGCAGUCCAGAUGUACAAGCAGCUGCUAUAUAUUCAACAAAAAAGACUGAUAGUAAUUCUCGAAAGUACAAAAUAGUCUUUCAGAAUCGAGUGAAGACUUCUUCCAUUAAACUGGCAAGUGACAAUGGUGGUCCUUCUAAUUAUUGGUAUAUAGAAGAUCCUCGAGACAUUCGUCCUUAUGGGAUUUUAGUUUUAGAAUGCUCUUAA